GUGAAAGAUUGAUUGAAAGAUAAAAUGAAUGAACUGAUAGAUGUUAUUAAUUCGUGAUGCCCUGGAUGCUAUGCGUGAAACUGACUGAAAUUUACACAUAAAGUGGUCAGCUUAAUUAAACACAUCCGUGAGUCAGUUCAGCUUUGUAUUUUGUAAAGUAUUUACAAUCUAUGACAAAAAGUUAAGAAAACAUUAAUAAAAAAAAUCCAUAAACAAUAAAAAAUAUAUUUGUUUUUUCUAGAUGUUGCCACCUUGUAUCCGCCAUGUUGAAUUUUGUUGUGCCUCGAAAACAUUGUGAGCACGUGGAUUGUUGGACUAAUUUUGGCGAAAUUUGGCAGUAAUACCGAUAUUUCCUUUUUUCAGAUUGCUUUCAUUUGUUCUCCUAUAAGUGUGAAAGUUAAUUUAUUACAAAUCAAAAUUAUUGACAAAAGUGGCUUAUUACUAUGGCACCUUGUCGACAAUUACUUAUGUGGUCGGUACCAUCAAUAGCUGUUUUGUUGGGAAUAUUUUGGUUCCGGAAAAAGAGAGAGUAUGCCAAGUCUGACCCUGGUGGAAGAGAGAAAAUAAAGAGCUUAAAAGAAGAACUAGCUGAAGCUUUAUGUGCUGAAAUUGAAGCCUCAAAAGGAUCCCCACUUGGCAAAGCAGAACGUUCAAUAAUAAAAUCUGCUCCAAUCGACAUUAUUCCCAAUGGAAGUAGCUCCCAGAGAUCUUCACCAUUGCACUUGACUGAUGAAGAGGUUGAUCUAGAGAUAGAAAAAAUUAUUAGGAAGAAAUCUCUUGAGAAGGAGAAGAAAAUGUCUUAUGGAUGUAGUGCUCAGAGUUUUGUUUCAGCUAAUGCUAAUAAUGUGGAGUUGUCAUUCGUAGUAAAAGAAAAUUCCGCAUAUCAGGUAUCUCCAUCUGAAACCGAAAGUACUUUCACUAAAAAUGAUGUUGAUCUAUGUUCCAUUCAAACUAAUGCAGAUACUAAUAAUGGAAGCUCUAAUAGUCUAGAGAAUGUAUUAGAUUCAGAAAUGUCUCAAAAGAAUAGUACAAAAUUUGAUUUAGCAGCAUCUGAAGUUAACACAAUUGAAACCAGUACUGCAGAAGAUACUGAAGAAAUGACAAUUAAUAAUAAUGUUGAUGAACCUUGUGAUAGUAAUGAUGAAAACAGAUUCUCAACAGCACAAACAAGACAUAUUUCAGAAAGAGACUCUGCUAAUCAUAGUCCAGUGGACCCAAUGUUGGCAAGUCCAUCGAUGUGUCACUUUUCAGACAAUCACAGUGAGGGUUCAAGUGAUAGUGGAAAAGGGUGCUCAGAAGCUGCCAGUCCACCUCCAACUAACAUGAAUAUGGUCCCCUCUGAUACAGGGCUAAGAAUACAUCAAUUUAUUAUACCACAGACCCUAGUUGGUCUCCUAAUAGGAAAACAUGGUUGUUUUGUUACACAAAUCAAAGCUAAAACUGGUGCAAGUGUCUAUGUGAGGAGGCAUCCUGAUUCUGUCAAGCUAAAAAUAUGUGCAGUUGAAGGAACUCAAAGUGAGAUCGAAGCUGCAUUAGACUUAAUCAAAGAAAAGUUCCCUGAGAAAAGGUUUCCCAACUUCUCACUUCAGGAAAUUAGUGCUGAACUAUAUCAAAGGCUGGCUCCUUUAGUACCAGAGUUCCUUCAAUUGCAGCUUGUGGAAUCAGUGAACAAUGAUACAAUAAUGACGUGCUUGGUUAGCGCGGGUCACUUCUUCCUGCAGCAGCCAUUGCAUCCCACCUUCCCCUCACUACAUGCACUGCACCGCCUCAUGGCUGCUACAUACCAGAACCCAGACGUGCCAGCACUCCCACGUCCUGUAAAAGAAGGGUCAAUAUGUGCUGCGCCUACAGAAAACAACUGGUACCGUGCGCAAGUGAUAUCUACCUCGGAGGAGAAUGACACAUCUGUCGUGAAGCUGGUCGACUUUGGCGGGUAUCUAACAGUUGACAACGACCAGCUCAAGCAGAUCCGUUCAGAUUUCAUGACACUGCCCUUCCAGGCAACAGAAGCCCUUCUGGCCUUCGUGAAACCAGCAAACAAUGAACCGGAGUGGAGUGGUGAGGCGCUCCGCAUCAUGGCCGGUCUCACCGCUGGGCAGUUGCUGCACGCUCAGGUGGCCGGCUACGACGAGGCCGGCCUCCCCCUCGUACACCUAUACCUCACACUAAGUCCACAGCAAGUAAUAUUCCUGAACCGAGAGCUAGUGGAGCGCGGCCUCGCAGAGUGGGACGUCCCCGCAGACUCGUGAGUGCCGCGGCCACUACAUCGACGCUAUUACCUUAUUGACUAGUUUUACGGGAUUGCAUUUCUAUUGACGCAUAAUAUGUAAAUAAUUUGGAUUUCACUAAGGUGACUGAAUGCUCUGGUGAAACUUCGAGAGUAGUCGCUCACUCGCGUUUAGUUUGUAUGAGUUGUCAUUUGUAAGCCCUUAAAUUAAUAAAUGUAUUAUUUCGGUUUCUCAUUUCAAUUUUGAUGUGCGUACAUUGAAAUUAUAGCUAUCUUAUUUGACUCAUUUAUGUAUAAGUAGUAAAUUGGAACGUUAAUAGGAAUACGUACCAUGGUACAUGCUUUUACAGCGAAAUUUUAGUUUUAUAGCUCCUAUUCGUUUAUAACUUACUAUUUGAUACUCGUUUUUGUCUAAGCUCCCACAACAGGAACGUUUGAAUUACAAUACGCUUAUCAUUAUGAUGGGAUUAUAUAGUUAGAUUUCGUACAUUACACUGAAAGUGGUUGUAUUUUUAAGUUACUUAUUGAGCUCUGGUAGUCUCAAUGGUAAAUUAAUGGUAUACUUAUAGAUUUUAAAUAGAUUCAGGAUGCGCUCAUUAUAUUGUAUUGCUAUGUGCAUUUAACCGUUUUACCCGGCUCUAAUGAAAUGUAAAAUGGUAUUUGAGUUUAUAAAUUCAAACAUCAAUUUAUUCACUAACUUGGUCUUGCUAUUGUGCCAAAUGUAUCAGACGUUAAUAUUUAUAAUCUUAUUUCGCAUUAUUACGAUAUUGAAAUUAUUGUACAUGUUGUACAAGUAAAGGCGUUGUUUGCCUAUAAAAAUGUGCCUUUAUUAGAGGAUUUCCUUUUCGUAGUUUCAAAAUCCUCCACAAUUAUGUAAAAUAUUUUUUGUCACAAAAUACGUUAAGUAAUCAUCACUAAAAUCUAUGCUCUUAUUUACAUCGUUGUUUACAUACAUUGAUUGUAACAAAAGUGUUUCACUUAUGACAACUUAGUUGGAGAGCAACACCGGUGAUUAUUUUAACGAUGUGAAUGACUGAAACUGUAUGAUAGUAAUAAUAUUGUAAAAUAUUGGUGUAUUAAAGUACAAUAAGACAUGUGGUUUUGAGUAAAAGAUAAAUUGUUCGGUAUGAUUUUCCAUUUUGUUUAUUAAGUUAUUCAACAAGGUGGCUACAUAAUUGCAUUUUACUGUAUCCUGUUCUAUAAAUUUCCUUCUUUAUUAAGUUUUUUCGUUACUGCUGCACAUUUCCGAUUCAAACAAUAUAUGAUCUAUAUUUUUAAUAUAAUAUAUGAUCUGCUAAAUAUAUAGCCACCUGAUUGAAUGUUUAUCAUUGUCGGUCGAGUACUUCAAUAUAUUUUCUUUCAGAUGGCACAUAAUUUUAUGUAAGCAGUACAAUCGCAUCUGCAAUCGGGCUUUAUGGUAAAGCUUUGAAAGAAUAUUAUAUUAUGCUAAUGAGCACUUUAAUUAUCCUGACUUAUAGUUUUAUAGUGUACAUACUCGAGUGUGUAAGUAGAUUUUAAAAGCAAUAUUCAGUGUUCUUUUAGUAAAUUCAGUAUUUGUAUUGUUGAGAAAUUAAGUGUUUGUUCUUAGUGAUUUUUUUUUGUAUGCGUAUUGUGUAGUGAACUUGGCAAGCUCAUGGGGAAGCUUAGUGUGACGUUUCGUCGUAGUUAUUUUUACAACGUUGAGUCGCAUUAUAGAAUUUAUGAUGUAUCAAACGAAAAUUAUUUUUAAAUUUCACAAGUUGGAAUAGUUUGGUAUGUUUUGGAUAAAUCAGUUAGUGUACUGAUUAAUUAGUUGGCUCACCGUUUGCAUUUUGUUGACGUCCCUAUUGUAAAUAAACUAAUAUAUUUGCGGUUAAAUCAAUAAAUUAUCGUUUAAAAUUCAUUGCU